AUGAUGAUCUUACGCUGGGAUGAUAAUUUUGGACUUGCUUACAUUCACUGCAUAUUUCUUGAGUUGGCAGCAAGGGCAUUGGAUGAAUUAGACAAAUCAGUUUUCCAAAGCAGAUUCGUGCGUGUCAUGUCUCCAAAACAAAAAGAUCCUUCAAACAAGCAGGAGACCAACGGUCUUUUGAACCAGGGAUCAACAACUUUGAAGCGACGGAGACAUGAUGAAAGAAGAGCAGCUGACGUCACCGGAGGUAUGCGAGCAUGGAGUAAUCUUUUCUUCCAAAAUGAUAGAGUCGGCAUGAACUCAGAAGGAAAAGAAGACUGGAAAAUAUUGACUGGGCAUCCACAAGAUCGAUUUGAAUCUAAAGCCGAGUUCUUUUCAAUCGGGAACGCUUGA